AUGGUAGUAGGUGCUCCCAUUGAAGAAUCUGAUUACGAGGAAAUCAAUCAGAGACUUCCAGAAUGCGAAAGGACAAUACAAGCUUGUGCUGUAGAAGGCGAAGUCGAAUGCCUCAGAGCUUACUCCACGUGCAAUUUGAUAUUCAAUAGUAUCCUCAACAUUGCUGGAGAUAUCAAUUACUAUGACAUAAGGAAGCAAUGUGAAGGGAGCCUCUGUUAUGAUUUUUCCAACUUGGAGAAAUUUCUGAAUCUGAAAUCUGUCAGGCAAGCUCUUGGAGUUGGCAACAUUGAAUUCAUCUCAUGCAGCCCUGCUGUGUACUCCAAAAUGCAAGCUGACUGGAUGAAGAAUCUAGAAGUUGGUAUCCCAACUCUUCUUAAUGAUGGCAUCCAGUUACUAGCUUAUGCCGGGGAGUAUGACUUGAUAUGCAACUGGCUUGGUGAAACUAUUGAGAAUUGGCAUUGGUUUUUGGAAAAGCUAAGAACUAUCUUGGGUCCUCGUAUACUAACUUUUAUUUCGGAUCGCCAUGAGGGCUUUCAUCAAGGUAUGCAAAAGUUGAAGGAUAUGGGAUGUGAUGGUCUUCACAAAUUCUUGAGUGACCUUCCAUUGGAAUGUUGGUCCAAUGCACAUUGUCUUGGCUAUCGUUAUGGCGACAUGUGUUCAAACAUUGCAGAGUCGUUCAACUCUUGGAUUAAGGAAGCAAAAGGUAUUCCUAUUGCAACACUUGUUAACUGGAUUAGACUUAAAAUUAUGGAUCAGAUGAGUAAAAGGAAGUUUAAGGGGGAGAAGUAUAAAGGAUUCAUUGUCCCAGGAUAG